AUGGAGAUGGAUGACGAACCUGAUCCAGAGCUGCAAACCGGGACAUCAGGUCACCCUAUCAGCAUCUCCAGCAGUUCUCCAUACCAAGGAUCGCCAUAUCAAGGGCCCGACUCGUUUGCCGAAAGGUGGAACCAACAUGAAUGGGCAUUUACCCCUUCAUAUCAUAACUCUCCUGCUCAACCUCCUUUAGAUGAACCGUAUCUUCAAGCGGUUACUCCACCACCUCUACCUGUUGAGGAACCACCACAACCACCUCCCGAGCCACCUAGGCGAAGGAGGAAUGCACGGAUGUCCGUGCGAGGGGGACCACGGUUCAGUUCCCCUCAAGCUUCAAGCUCAUACCCUCCUAUUCCCGAGGACCCACAAAUGGGUGGACCCUCGCAUGCGAUGCCGGAAGAUAAUCCCCCGCCAGCUUCUGUGGCACCACCGCCACCGCCAGUGGGUUUUGAAAACCCGAUACCGACUUACCCAGGUUUGUCUGGGUAUAACCCUUUUGAAUACCCAACUUCUGCGGGUUAUGGAACCUAA